UAUCAAAUUAUUAGUUAAAAUUCAAAUAAAUCAUUAUUUAAUUAAAUCAGUUUUUAAAACAUUAGAUCCAAAAAUCAUGUCAUCACCGGAUGACCACAGUUUGCAACACUUGGACACCAAUGAUGUCAACGAUGAAAAUGAUAAUGACCAUAAAUACGAAGAAGAAGAGGACGAAGAAGAGUCGACUAAAGAGUACGGUAAAGGUGGCUAUCAUUGUGUCCAAAUCGGUGACACAUUUUACCACAAGAGAUAUAGAGUAAUCCGAAAGCUUGGUUGGGGUGCCUUCAGUACUGUAUGGCUGUGUGUGGACACUAAAGUCAACUCAUAUGUGGCCAUCAAAGUGGUUAAGAGUAAUAAGGUUUACACAGAAAAUGCCGAAAAAGAGAUUGAGAUCUAUGAGACCAAACAAGUCAGUGAUGUCAACAAUCCGUACUCUCAACGAGUCGUCAAAUUUCUUAAGUCUUUCUCAAUUGUCGGACCAAAUGGAAAGCAUAAAUGUUUGGUGUUUGAAGUAUUAGGCGACUCUUUAUUGAAAUACAUGACAACUAUGCAUCCAACAGGURUUUACCUACCGAUACUCAAGAAAAUUAUUGUUCAAGUCUUGCAAGGAUUGGAUUAUUUGCAUACAAACUGCCAAUUGAUUCACACAGAUAUCAAACCUGAAAACAUUAUGCUAACAAUCAGUGAAAGUCAAGUGCGACAAAUGCAUACACAAGUGGUCAAUAUGAUUGGUAUGUCCGGUGAGAUUCAAUUGCCAAAUCAUUUAGUAUCAACUGCUCCGUCAAAUGUCGUCAAAAAGUGUAACAAAUACUUCAAAUGUAACCGAAAGUCGUGUUUUCAAAAUGUUGUCGAUUUGAUAGUUAAAUGUGAAGACAAUUGCAAUGUCCAUCACAUUAACGAUAAUAAUAGCAAUGAUGACAUAUUUGUGAAAAUUGCUGAUUUGGGAAACGCCUGUUUCACUUACGAUACAUACAACGCCACUAUUCAGACGCGACCUUAUCGGUCACCCGAAGUAAUAUUAGGCUCAAAAUACGGUCCAUCGGCUGAUAUUUGGUCAGUUGCUUGUAUGGCCUUUGAGUUGGCCACUGCUGAUACUUUGUUUGCUCUCGAAUCAGAUGACAAAGACAAAGAUAAAAAUUUGUCAAAAAACAGUAAACAUUUGGAACUUAUCAUUCAAUUAUUAGGUCCCAUUCCUAAGCAAUGCAGAAAAGGCAUGUAUUAUAGCAACUAUUUGACCCCUGGGUGUCAUUUUAAACAUCGCAAAAGGAGUCAGAAAAUUGUUAGCAAAACAAUUGAUGACUUACUGGUCACUCAAUACAAUUGGUCACCUAAUGAAGCCAUUGGUUUCGCACAGUUUCUCACUCCUAUGUUAAACAUUGAUCCCGUAAAACGUUGGACAGCAACUCAAUGUUUGACUCAUCAGUGGCUUUAUAGCUAAUAGUAGUUUAUAUACAGUACUGUAUAUUAUUAUUAAAA